AUGCAAAGGUCUCGUGAUCUUUGGGAAUCAACCUUAAGAAGGCGAGGAAAUGGAGGUUCACAAAUCCAAGUUAUCGGAAACUCCUACGAGGUCAAAGUGGAAUUAUUGCGUGAAGAUACGAAAUUCUUCGAAGCUUUUCCAUACAAAAAAACUAUCGAGGUCACUGAGGGAGCUGAGGCGAUCGAUUUUUUUGUCCAAUGGCUCUAUACCCCAGGACGAUUCUUCAGGGUACCAGAAAUCAAGACAGUGCUGGAAUUAUGGUUGUUUGCCGAAAAAAUUGAUACUACGGUCAGGAUGAUGAGUUCAUGGGUCCCUGUAGACUUGGAAUACGUUGCUGGCGCCACUAAGCACGAUAACGAUCACGAUUCUGUUCGCCAGGCUCUCCUUCAUUCCUCGGAUAUAAUUGAUCUAUAUCUCGAAUAUGAAGCCGUGUACUGUUUGGACACAGAGUCUGACCCCAGAAAUCGCAAAAAGUCUCCUUGCCGAUUCCAUGUCCACUAUACCGAUAAAGAUCGCGAGGACUGCCAAUUGAAGCUCGAAUAG